AUUUGCUCAGCAAUAUAAGAAGACAAAUUACAGGAUAAUCCAUCUCCUGUACUACUGAAUUAGGUGGAUAAAUUGAAUCAUACAGCCAAACCGACAGCUACAAAACAAGACAGGUCAGGACCUGAACGACGGGUCCACGCCCCACAAUCACUUCAGAAUGGAGCACCGCCUGUGUGUCAGUCAUUAAGGACCCCUGAUGAGAAAUGUUAGAUAACUAACGUUGGGUCCUAAAUAUCAAAACAGUCGACAUGGCGGCGUCUUUGAGGCUGACAGUCCUGAGGCUCUUACGGCUGCAGGAGUCCUCAAGUUCAGUUAGAUUUUCAGUGAAAGAUAGAAGUCAGUGCCGCUCCCUGUGGUCAGUCCAAAAGCACAGCAUACAAGCUCAACAGUCACAGAACAAACCAUUCUCAGGAAGAUGGCUGUCCGUUUUCACAGAAGACACACCAAACCCCAGGAGUUUAAAGUUCCUUCCUGGGAAGCCUGUGCUGGGAACGGGAACUCUAGACUUCCCAACUUCAAGUUCUGCAGAGUGUUCUUCUUUAGCCAGGAAACUUUUUCAGGUUGAAGGAGUGAAAAGUGUGUUUUUUGGCCCUGAUUUCAUCACACUUACAAAGAUGGAUGAUGAUGUUGAGUGGGCAGACAUUAAAAGGCAUGCGAUUGAGAUCAUCGCAAAGUUCUUUGAAAGUGGUGAACCUGUAACAACAGGAGUAACACAUCCAGAGAGCAAUGUGUCAGAGGAGGAUGAUGAGAUUGUCUCAAUGAUUAAAGAGCUUUUAGACACUCGAAUCAGGCCUACCGUACAGGAGGAUGGUGGUGACGUCAUCUUUAAGGGCUUUGAGGAUGGCACAGUGAAGCUGAAGCUUGUUGGCUCUUGCACAGGCUGUCCCAGUUCCACGGUUACUCUGAAAAACGGCAUUCAGAACAUGCUCCGGUUCUACAUUCCAGAGGUGGAUGAUGUUGAACAGGUGGAGGAUGAACUGGAUGAAAUCAACAUGAAGGUGUUUUCAGACCUGGAGAAAAAAUUAGAAGACUCAUAGCUAUGAGCCCAGUCCUUUGAUGACCUGCAGAGUUUGAGCAUAUAGAGGAAGACCAAGACCAUUGCCCAGUGGCCAUUGUACAGUUGAAAUAGUAUGCUGACCUCUUAAAAAAAAAAAAAAAAAAAAAAACAGAUUUGUCUUCACUGGUCGCAGUAGCAGUGUAUCUGUAGACUACCCCAGGAACACCAGGCGUGAGGCGAGUACACAUCCUGGAUGGGACGCCAGUCCAUCACAGAGCAUCAUGUGCGCGCACACACAUGUUCACACACUCGCUCACACUUUUGGUGCAAUUUAGAGUGAAUGAACAAAAAGCUAUAUAAUAAUAUACAGUACACCAAAACUUAAUAAUAACGAAUAUUAAAAUAAAGGUUAUAAAAUAUGCAUUUAAAAAAAUAUAACAAAAGUCAAAUGUGUUUUUCUUUUUUUUUUUUUUUUAAACAGUGCUAUACAAGUUCUCAUUUACUUUAAUUCAGCACACCCAUGGUUUUUACCCUACAUUGUAUAUAAUUUAAGAUAGGAUUUAAAGAUAGGACUAAAUAAUUUCAUGCUGAAUAGAACUGUGAAUAAUGUAAAUGCCUGAAUUAUCCGCUAAAUGUCACAAGGCAAAUAUAAUUCUGGUGUAGCUUGAAGUGUGUUGCAAUCUAUACACAUUUGACAAGCCUCAAAAGCCUGUCUGUUAUUCUGCUUUAAGUGCUUUAUUAUUGUAAAUAUCACUUUGAACCUGUAAAGCUUUGUAUGUUCUACCCAUGUUCACCUGGGUCAAGUAUGGUGCCUUGUGAUCCAGGGUGUGUUGCAACAUCACAUUUAGUGUUCUGGCUUUGGGAUCACCAUGACCCUGACCAGAAUAACGCUGUUAUUGAAGAUGAGUGAAUCAGUGUGUAUUUUGUCAGGUGGUAGGACUUAUGACUCUUCACAGAUUGGAUAUCUUUUGAAAACCUGGGUGUUGGUGGCAGUUAAGAAGCCAGAAUGCAGCUAUUCUUUUACACAUUAUUAACAGGAGUGCAGUCUUUUGCUGGCUUUUCUUCAGGUUAUACGAAAUACACCAGAAAAAUGAAACAUUAAGAGGGAUGGUGAAAAUUUAUUGUUACUGUUACACUCUAAGUUUGUUGCACUUUAUAGAAGUGACAGAUUAAACCCAAACUAUUAGUCUGAUA